UCCUCCUGAAUGCUGCCGCCCUGCCUGUUGGGGGCUGAGAUCCUCGGCCACAGGAAGAGAUGGGCGUCCAGGACUCACCUGCUGCCCCCCGGCCCCAGGGCCCUCAGCUGGGCUCUCCAGGCCCCAGCCCCUUGGGGCACAGCACCUGGAAUCGUCCUUUCGUCCUCAGCCCGGCCUGCUGGUGGGGCAGAGCGGGUCCCCAGGGCUCCUCAGGCAGCUGCAUUGAAACCUCCCCUGCCCUCACCCAGCUCUGCCCACUCUCCCCGGGGGUGGGGGUGGGGAGCGAUGAGGCCCCUGCCGGCUCUCGGUGGGGACGACAGGGAGGAAGGAAGUGGGGAGAUGGAGACAAGAGAAAGCAGGCAGGUGGUUUGGGAUUUGGCAGGAAAAGGUUGGAAGGAAAGGGGAAAGGGUCUCCGCGUGGAAUUCUCAGCUCCUGUGGAUUUCUCAGCCCUCGUGAGAGCCACGGUGCCCUGGGGACUGGAAGUGUGGGUCCGCAGGCCCCAGUCCCCGGGUUCGUCUGAGCGUGGAUGCUCUGCUGGCUUCCAGGGGGUCUCGGGCCCCUCUGCCAGGGGCAACUUUGUACCCAAGACAGCUGAAAUACAGUGGAAAUUCAGACGGCCCAACAGGGAGUGGCAGUCACCUCAGAGGCCCCACUAGGCGGGUGCAGGGCACCACUGCAGAGCCCCUCACUGGCUGUGCCAAGGCCAUCCAUGCCUGCAGUGGGCCCCACCGCCGGGCUGUUCUUUGGCAACAGUGGCUUGUCCCUGUUUCCUGAGGGCUUGGCCAGUGCCAGGGUGGGCUCCAAACACAUGGCUCUGGGCUCUUGAACUCACCCCUGCUUUGGGCAGGCAGUGGAAGGCAGGCCCCACAAGAGCUGCUCACUCCCAUCACCCGUCUCCCUCGGGGGUCUAGGGUCGCAGCCUCCCGUGAGCCCCUCCUCUCCAUGCAGCCCUUGGACCGGUCCCGGUGGACCACCGAGUUCCCCGCGUAGGGGGCAGAUGCGCCCCGCCUGGGUGCCAAGGGAGGCGACACCAUCUCUCCCCCUUGGGGUGGCCCAGCCUUGCCUACCGUGAUCUCCAGGGCCGGGGCUCAGCCCUCAUGCCUGGGAACAGAGGCUGCUUUACGGGGUGAGGGCCUGGGGCCCCCUGAGCCUCACCCAGGCACGCAGCAUCUCGGAAGGAGCCCUGGUGGGUUUAAUUAUGGAGCCGGCGCUGACCGGCGUCCCCGCCCUCCCUGCGCAGCCUCCUUGGUGCGGUCCAACACAUCACCGGGCAAGCUGAGGCCUGCCCCGGACUUGGAUGAAUACUCAUGUGGAAUAAAGGGGUGGGCCGCGGGUUUUGUUGUUGGAUUCAGCCAGUUGACAGAACUAAGGGAGAUGGGAAAAGUGAAAAUGCCAACAAACGACCCGCAUGUUCCCCAGCAUCCUCGGCUCCCGCCUCCCUAGCUGCAGAGCCUCUCCCCCUCGGUCCACGCUGCCGGGCAGCCACGACCCUGACCCUUCCCCUCGGGCCGCCCAGAUCCAUGCCUCGUCCCACGGGACACCAGUUCCCCGGCUUGUGCAGACCCCCCGGCGCCUACCAUGCUGUACGUCGGUGACCCCGCACGGCACCUCGCCACGGCCCAGUUCAAUUUGCUGAGCAGCACCAUGGACCAGAUGAGCAGCCGCGCGGCCUCGGCCAGCCCCUACACCCCGGAGCACGCCGCCAGCGUGCCCACCCACUCGCCCUACGCGCAGCCCAGCUCCACCUUUGACACCAUGUCGCCGGCGCCUGUCAUCCCCUCCAACACCGACUACCCCGGACCCCACCACUUCGAGGUCACUUUCCAGCAGUCCAGCACGGCCAAGUCAGCCACCUGGACGUACUCCCCGCUCUUGAAGAAACUCUACUGCCAGAUCGCCAAGACGUGCCCCAUCCAGAUCAAGGUGUCCACCCCGCCACCCCCGGGCACCGCCAUCCGGGCCAUGCCUGUUUACAAGAAGGCGGAGCACGUGACCGACGUCGUGAAACGCUGCCCCAACCACGAGCUCGGGAGGGACUUCAACGAAGGACAGUCUGCCCCAGCCAGCCACCUCAUCCGCGUGGAAGGCAAUAAUCUCUCGCAGUAUGUGGAUGACCCUGUCACCGGCAGGCAGAGCGUCGUGGUGCCCUAUGAGCCACCACAGGUGGGGACGGAAUUCACCACCAUCCUGUACAACUUCAUGUGUAACAGCAGCUGUGUAGGGGGCAUGAACCGGCGGCCCAUCCUCAUCAUCAUCACUCUGGAGACGCGGGAUGGGCAGGUGCUGGGCCGCCGGUCCUUUGAGGGCCGCAUCUGCGCCUGUCCUGGCCGCGACCGAAAAGCCGAUGAGGACCACUACCGGGAGCAGCAGGCCCUGAACGAGAGCUCCGCCAAGAACGGCGCCGCCAGCAAGCGUGCCCUCAAGCAGAGCCCCCCUGCCAUCCCCGCCCUUGGCGCCGGCGUGAAGAAGCGGCGGCAUGGAGACGAAGACACGUACUACCUGCAGGUGCGAGGCCGGGAGAACUUUGAGAUCCUGAUGAAGCUGAAGGAGAGCCUGGAGCUGAUGGAGUUAGUGCCGCAGCCACUGGUGGACUCCUAUCGGCAGCAGCAGCAGCUCCUACAGAGGCCGCCCUGGGAUGCUCAACAACCAUGGCCACACAGUGCCAGCCAACGGCGAGAUGAGCAGCAGCCACGGCGCCCAGUCCAUAGUCUCGGGGUCCCACUGCACUCCGCCACCCCCCUACCACGCCGACCCCAGCCUUGUCAGUUUUUUAACAGGAUUGGGGUGUCCAAACUGCAUCGAGUAUUUCACCUCCCAAGGGUUACAGAGCAUUUACCACCUGCAGAACCUGACCAUCGAGGACCUGGGGGCCCUGAAGAUCCCCGAGCAGUACCGCAUGACCAUCUGGCGGGGCCUGCAGGACCUGAAGCAGGGCCACGACUACAGCACCGCGCAGCAGCUGCUCCGCUCCAGCAACGCGGCCACCAUCUCCAUCGGCGGCUCAGGGGAACUGCAGCGCCAGCGGGUCAUGGAGGCCGUGCACUUCCGCGUGCGCCACACCAUCACCAUCCCCAACCGCGGCGGCCCAGGUAGUGGCCCCGACGAGUGGGCGGACUUCGGUUUCGACCUGCCCGACUGCAAAGCCCGCAAGCAGCCCAUCAAGGAGGAGUUCACGGAGGCCGAGAUCCACUAAGGGCCUCGCCCGGCCGCAGCCUGUGCCACCGCCCAGAGACCCAAGCCGCCUCCCCUCUCCUUCCUGUGUGUCCAAAACUGCCUCGGGGCAGGACCUCCGGGCUGUGCCGGGGGAAAGGCAAGGUCCGGCCCAUCCCCAGGCACCCCACCGGCCCCAGGAGAGGCCCAGCCACCGAAGCCGCCUGUGGACAGCCUGAGUCACCCGCAGAACCUUCUGGAGCUGCCCUAGCGCUGGGCUUGUGGGGCGGGGGCUGGCCCACUCUCAGCCCUGCCACUGCCCCGGCGCACUCCAUGGCAGGCGUGGGUGGGGACCGCAGUGUCGGCUCCAACCUCCAGGCUUCAUCCUAGAGACUGUCAUCUCCCCACCAAGCGAGGUCCUUCCAAAGGAAAGGAUCCUCUUUGCUGAUGGACUGCCAAAAAGUAUUUUGCGACAUCUUUUGGUUCUGGAUAGUAGUGAGCAACCAAGUGACUGUGUCUGAAACACCAAUGUAUUUUCAGGGAAUAUCCCUAACUGCAUCUUGCCCGUGCCGGGGGCUGGGGACUCUCUCUGCUGGACUUGGGACUGGCCUCUGCCCCCAGCACACUGUAUUCUGCAGGACCGCCUCCUUCCUGCCCCUAACAACAACCACAGUGUUGCUGAAAUUGGAGAAAACUGGGGAGGGCGCAACCCCUCCCAGGCGCGGGGAAGCAUCUGGUACUGCCUCAGCCAGUGCCCCUCAGCCUGGCCACAGUCGCCUCUCCUUGGGGACUCCUCAGCAGAAAGGGACAGCCUGUCCUCAGAGGACUGGAAAUUGUCAAUAUUUGAUAAAAUGAUACCCUUUUCUACACGGUGGGUCAUUUUUUUUUUUUUUUUUUUUUUCAACUUACUUUCUCAGCAUUCUCUUUGGAGUUCAACCUAGCGCCCAUGAGCCGGGCUGAGGAAGCUGAGUGAGAAGCCAGGUGGGCGGGACUCAUCCCCAGGAAGGCCGGGUGGGGAGGAAGCCUAGAGGGAACGCGGGGAAGGGCAAAUCCAGGCAAAUGCGCAGGAACGCUCUGCCGUGGGGGCAGCUCCUCCCUUGCCGGGGGCACCUUCUCUACCACUGCGAGGGCCAGAGGGCAUUGCUUUCCUUUCUAGGCUGUGGCAGUCAGGGAACAGACUGAGGUAGGUGCAGGGGGGUCUAGGCCUUCGUGGAGCACCCCAGGGAGUUAGUGGGCCCCGGGGAGACAGCGUCUGCACAGGCCCUUUCUGGGGCCACCUCCAUCCACGAGGAGCAGCCUGAGCCUCAGUGGCCGGAGCCUGACUGUCCCAGAGCACAGCUUCAGGGCAGGGAACUGGAGCCCCCGGGGAGCCUGACAGGUGUGACGAGGCCCUUCAUUCCGGGCAGGUGGGCCAAUGGGAGCCCUCACCCACGCAAGCCGAGACACCACCCAGAGUGCAGGCUGCCUGGCCCCUUCCAACGCGGCCAGCUCCACACCCCCUGCCUGGGGUAUGUGUGGCAUCAGCUCCUAAGGGCUAGGAGCUUCCCCCACUAACAUCCCCCAGAACAAGCAGUUAAGCCCCCCAGGGCACAGCAAGGUUAGAAACAGCCCCCAUCCCCAGAUCAGGACUCCAUCUUGCUACGUGGCAUCACCGUCACCAGCCUCCCCUUAUUUAAAAGCAGCAACUGGUGUUGCCGCAGGUGCCUGGUCUACAAAGACGCAGGCGUCCCUCUCCCACUGUCCACCUCUCCGGGGGCCGCUGACAGCACAGCCGCCUGGGUGCACGCUUGUGGGGGCAGCAGGAACGGGGCUGUCGGCUCUCAGGGGAUCUGGCUGCAGCCAGGACAAGGGCCUGGCCCUUCCUUCCAGCUCCUUCCAGCUGAAGGGCAGGAAGCUCUGGCUGCCUAGCUUCUAGGGUUCCAUCUCCCUAGAAAGGUGCCCAUGCCCAGGGUAUCAGUCAGUAGCGGCGGCAGUAGCAGACUCAGGGCUUUCCCAGGAUGGCGCAGCCACCCCAGCUGCAUGUCACCUCAGCUCUCCAUCUUAUUGCCAUUUCGUAGAUGAGGAAGCUGAGGCCAGAAAGGCUAAGACCCAUGCCCCAGGCACCACGCCUAUCUCUUGGGGGCUGGGCACCUGCUACCCGAGGCCACCUCCUGAAGCCCCCACUCUGCCCCCAUGUUCCACUUCAGGAGCCGCGGGGGCCCAUCCCAACACCCGGGGUUCCUGAGCCCAGCGCAGAUGCGCUUCAAUUCCAGGGGGCUUGUCGAUUUGUUUCUUAGGCACGUUACCUGUCCACCCUGAGUCCAGUGAGACUAUCCCAAGAGCCCCUGCAGUGUGCUCCUGGGAAGGGCUGGGGUGGGGGGGUGGGUGGCACAGAGCAGGGAGACGCCCAGGGGCAGCUGUCACUGGAACCCCAGCCAGACGUCCAAGGAAGCCGGCCGGAACACGGAGCAGCCAGAUGGCCCCAGCUGCACUUGUCCAGGGAGCCGGUGCAGCCUCCUUGCGCUGGAGAAGCAGCUGUGAAAGUAAACAGAGUUGAGACUUCGCUGUGGUCAGGAGAAAAUGCAAAUUCCCAGGAACAAGAAUCCUUUAAGCAAUGUGUUUUUAUAAAACUAAACAAAUCAACAAAUAAAUCUUGAAGGCAGAUGGUUUUCCCAGCAGUGCAGGGGUGGGAGGGAGGCUGCUGGCACUCCUGGGGCCAAGGGGGACGGGCAGUGGUCUUGAGUCUGCUCAGAGAGGCAAGGCAGAAGGCACUCGCCAGGCAGGUCAGCUCACAUCUGUCCAAGUUGCUUGGUCAGAAACAGCAACUCUCCCCCAUUCCCCCAGCGUUCCCAUCAGGCCUGGGCUGCUGGGAAGCCCUUGCUGUACCCAGGAGCCCGACCCGCAGUAUCCUGGCACAGAGCCACUUGUCACUCGGAACAGUCAGUGUCUCCAACGCACAAACAUCCACUCCUCUGUUACCAGUUAAAGCACUUUAAUGCUUUAAGGUGAAAACGAAAUCCCAUCCAUGUUUUUCGUGUAGGAUCGUGCUUCUCCGAGCAGUAUUAAUGGACACCCUCCAAUGACAUAACAACUGUUUUUGGUAAUGUAAUCUUGGAAAAUGUGUUAUUUUUUUAGCUGUGUUUCGGUGGGGAUUUUUGUUUUUGUAACAUAAUAAAGUGUAUGUUCCAAUGA